AUGGCUGUUUGCUCAUUUUAUCCAUUAAAUCCAAAUCUCCUCUCCUUCUCUGACUAUCUUGUUCUUUCUCAUCAUUCUCAAGCUUACUUGAGUGUACGGAAAGGCAGUGUGAGGGUGAGGGUUUUAUCCACCCACUCAAAUGCUAAGAUUCUCAAGCCUAAUCGAAAGUCACGCUACGGCCACACCUUCGAUGACACUGAUGAUGAUUGGUUACUGCCUGAUGAAUUUGCAGAACCUGUGGAUUUUGAAGUUGAUGGAAAGAAGAGAGUUAAUUUACAGAAGAAAACUAGUCCAAGAGAAGGUUUUCAAGGGAUGAUAAAUGCCUCAAGCCUCAAGGAGAAUUUUGUGCUUGCAGGUGACCACAGACCAUUCAAAGUGAGAACUAGCAACAAGAGUCGGGAAAAGAGUCGGUUUAAAAAUAGCACUAAAGAAGCUGAUUCCUCGGGCAUUAAUAGACAAGGAAAGCUGAUGACAGGGAAAUCUACUGAGGACAGAUAUCCAAAGCUAUCUGAAGAAAUAAAUUUGGAUAAAAAGUGGAUCCCACUUUUGGAUUACCUAAGCACAUUUGGGCUCAAGGAAUCACACUUUAUCCAAAUCUACGAGAGGCACAUGCCAUCGCUCCAAAUAAAUGUAUGCUCUGCACAGGAGAGGUUGGAGUACCUGCAGAGUAUUGGUGUCAAACAUAGAGAUAUAAAAAGAAUACUUUUGAGGCAACCGCAAAUUCUGGAAUAUACGGUGGAGAGUAAUUUGAAGUCUCAUGUUGCUUUCUUGAUGGGUUUAGGUAUUCCAAAUUCCAGAAUAGGACAGAUAAUUGCUGCUGCUCCAUCUCUCUUUUCUUACAGUGUCGAGAAUUCGUUAAAACCCACAGUUAGAUAUUUGGUUGAGGAGGUUGGAAUUGAUGACAAAAUUUUAGGCAAAGUUGUGCAGCUGAGCCCUCAAAUCCUGGUUCAGCGGAUUGACAUAUCAUGGAACACUCGCUAUCUUUUUCUUUCCAAGGAGCUGGGAGCAUCCAGAGAUAGUGUGGUAAAGAUGGUAACAAAACACCCCCAGCUCCUCCAUUACAGCAUUGAUGAUGGAUUUCUCCCAAGGAUCAAUUUUCUGAGGAGUAUUGGGAUGCAUAAUUCUGAUAUCUUGAAAGUCUUGACCAGCCUUACCCAGGUAUUGUCUCUAUCACUGGAAGACAAUCUAAAGCCAAAGUACUUGUAUUUGAUCAAUGAACUUCGCAAUGAGGUGCAGUCCUUGACCAAAUACCCAAUGUACUUAAGCUUAUCUUUGGACCAGAGAAUUCGUCCCCGCCAUAGGUUCUUGGUUGCCUUAAAGAAAGCUCCGAAGGGGCCAUUUCCUCUUAGUUCAUUUGUUCCAACUGAUGAAUCCUUUUGUCAGCAGUGGGCUGGAACUAGUUUAGAUAAAUAUUUGGCUUUUCGGCAGCAAUUGCUACUAAAAGAGUUCGCUAAGAAAUAUGAAAGACGAGGGUAA